AGAGCCAGAGCAGCAACCAAUCAGCAAGAAACCAACAACUUGAAUUCAGAAAAAUCAGUCGGAGAGAACUCUUACUACUCCACCAGUUCAUUCUUGAGAAAACGCAAAAGCACAGAGAGAGAGAGAGAGAGAGAGAGAGAGAGAGAGAUGGGCACCACCCUCUUCACCAGCUGCUGCUUGUCCUUGAGGCAACUGCACAAGGCUCAAAUCCGUGAGAGGAGAUUUCUUCAUGAGAAGGGUGGUGGGAGAAGUAGGUUCUAUGCAGCAGCAACAAGAGGGUGUGGCCCGAUAGGGGAAGAAGACAGGGAGGGGCCUGCUGAGUUCUUAGGGAGGAGGUGUGCAUUGGUUUCUGGGUUGUCUUUGGUUUCUGGAAUGGUGUUUGGUUUUCCAAGAGAUGGGAUGGCAGUGAAGCAGGGUCUCUUGCCUGGGAGGAUUCCUGGCUUAUCUGAGCCUGAUGAAAAAGGUUGGAGGACAUACCAGAGACCGGAUGACAAGUCUGGAGGACAUGGAGUGGGGUGGAGCCCAAUAAUCCCAUACACCUUCAAAGUUCCCGAUGGCUGGGAAGAGGUUCCUGUAUCAAUUGCAGAUCUUGGUGGUACAGAGAUUGAUUUAAGAUUUGCAAGCUCGCAAGAAGGUCGCUUGUUUGUUGUUGUAGCUCCUGUUCUGAGAUUUGCAGAUAUCGAAGGAAAUGCCAGAAUUGAACUAAUUGGACCACCUGAGACGGUGAUCGAUGCGUUUGGGCCAGAAGUUAUUGGCGAGAAUGUAGAAGGGAAAGUUCUAAGCAUGGAAGUAGCAGAGCAUUCAGGAAGAACAUAUUAUCAGUAUGAACUGGAACCUCCCCAUGUACUCAUCACAGCAACUGCUGCUGGAAACCGGCUCUACUUGUUCAAUGUAACUGCAAGUGGUCUUCAAUGGAAGAGGCACUACAAGGACUUGAAACAGAUUGCAGAUUCUUUUCGCGUAAUCUAAAAUUGCAUGGUUUGAAGUUCUUAUAUUUGUCAAAAUUGAGAUCAUACCAAUCACAGAAAUUCAGCAUCCAUUAUGAACAAUUAUAUUUAUCUUAAAGAAAUGCUAGCACUUAACUUUGAUGUGGUGAA